AUGGCUAAACGGAGACAGAAGAGCAGAACCCAUGUCAAGCCCGAUGUUGAAGAAGUCAAGAAAAUACCAAAAUCCAUGGUAAUUCGUGUAGGACAAACAUCGAUGUCGAACCAUUCUUUGAACCAACUGGUCAAAGAUUUCCGUCAGAUAAUGCAACCACACACGGCAAUCAAGCUGAAAGAGCGGAAAUGCAAUAAACUCAAAGAUUUCGUGGUGAUGUGCGGUCCACUGGGUGUUUCGCACUUGUUCAUGUUCACGCAAAGCGAAAAAACCGGUAAUGUAUCGCUGAAGAUGGCCAGAACACCACACGGACCUACCAUCACAUAUCAAGUCUUGGACUAUUCGUUGGGGAGAGACAUAAAAAAAUUCAUGAAGAGACCACGCACUCUGGGGAAGGAGGACGUUAUGAAUCCACCUCUUUUGGUGCUAAACGGGUUUGGUGUAAAAGCUCCUGCGAGCGAAGAGGGCAACGAUAGUAAUGACGGUGAUGCUUUGGAACGCGCCAACGUCGAAAAAGUUAUCAUUUCCAUGUUCCAAAAUAUAUUCCCACCUUUGAAUCCAGCCAGGACCCAGCUGAACUCUAUCAACAGAGUCUUCAUGAUAAAUAAGGACCCUGCAACGGAAGAGGUCAGCAUGCGUCAUUAUGCCGUCGACGUAAGAGAAGUCGAUAUUUCUUCAAACAUCAAACGGCUGUAUCGCGCUAAAAACAAGUUAAAUAAGCCCGUGCCCAAUCUACACAGAAAAGACGACAUCGCGUCGCUGAUUUUAGACCACGACCUCGGAGCUUACACAUCGGAAAGUGAGGUUGAAGACGACUCUAUCGUGAAAGUGAUGGACCGGAGUCAAGCUCCUGUCAGACCUACCCAAACGUCCUCUGAGGCUGCUGCCGACACGGAAGACAAUGACGAAGGGCUUCCAGAACAGCCUAUGCCACGCAAAAAGGCCAUCAAACUUACCGAGGUGGGACCUCGCUUGACUUUGAAACUUGUCAAGAUCGAAGAAGGCAUAUGCUCGGGCAAGGUUCUACAUCACAGCUACGUUAAAAAGACAGAUUCGGAAAUAAGACAUUUGGAAAAGAGACACGCACAACGUAUGAAGUUGAAGGAAGAAAGACGCAAGGAACAGGAGGCCAACUUGGCAAAGAAAAAUGAAGUUAAGAAUGCCAAGAAACAGCGUAAGAUGGAGAGACGGAAACUAAGAGAACAGCAGCAGGAGCAAGGAGAACCCGUGGAAGGUACAGACAAUGCCAGUGAUGAAAGUGAUUCUUCGGACAGUGAGGAAGAAGGUUAUAGUGACGUUCCUGAAGAUCUGGAUAGCGAUCUUUAUAGUGACGUGGAUAUGAGCUAG